AUGUCCGGUGAAGAAGAGGCAAAGUCAUCCGCUUCUUUUUUCGUCGCUCCCAACAAGGAUCAAGAUCCUUCGUCUCAUCUGUAUCUCCACCCGUCUGAAACUGCAAGCCAAUUACAGGUUGGCGAAGUUCUGAAUUCGAACAAUUAUGGGGAAUGGGUCAUUGAGAUGACCGACUCCCUCAUCAUCAAGAAUAAGUACGGGUUCGUUGAUGGUACCAUCGCGAAACCCACAGCUGAUCCGGAGCUUCGAGCAUGGACUCGUUGCGAUGCCAUCGUCAAGGGAUGGCUACGUACCGCGAUGGAUAAGGAGGUACGUACCAGUGUGUGGUAUGCAAGAACAACACAGAAAAUCUGGAUCGACUUGCGCGAUCGUUUUGGACGAGGUAGUGCGUCACAGGCGUAUGAAAUCAGACGCCUCGUGAGUAUGUUGCAGCAAGAAAAACUCAGCGUCUCAUCCUUCUACACACAGCUGCCUACCUAUUGGGAGGAAGCACAAUCAAUUUCUCCGUCUCCCAAGUGCACUUGUGGCCUUUGCACCCACGGGCUCGAGCGUCGAACAAAGGAAAGGGAUGAAAGCAAUAGGCUCUUUGACUUCUUAAUGGGGCUGGACGAUAGUUUUGCCAUGGUCAGAACUUAA